AUGGCCGCCACCACCAACGUCUUAGUCGACCAUUCGCCCAAUAACCCCACCAAAGCUCAAACCCGCGAGAACGCAGCCAAUCUGAUACUGAUCGAUAACUAUGAUUCCUUCACAUGGAACGUGUAUCAGUACCUCGUUCUAGAGGGAGCAAAUGUGACGGUAUUUAGAAACGACGAGAUUACACUGGACGAGCUCAUUGCAAAGAACCCCAGCCAGUUGGUUAUCAGUCCCGGCCCAGGCCACCCUGAUACAGACGCUGGCAUAAGUCAAGAUGCAAUCCAACAUUUUAGCGGGAAGAUACCCAUUUUUGGCGUUUGUAUGGGACAUCAAUGCAUGAUAUCUAGCUUUGGUGGGAAAGUUGAUGUGACGGGGGAGAUCCUUCACGGAAAAACUUCUUCCUUAAACCAUGAUUCGAAGGGUGUCUAUGCCACCCUCCCACCAUCCCUAGCCGUUACGCGCUACCAUUCACUGGCAGGAUUGCAGCUAACCAUUCCUGACUGCCUCGAAGUCACUUCGUGGACUGAGUUUGAAAAGGAUAGUGGCCGCAAAAUUAUAAUGGGGGUUAGGCACAAAGAGUAUACUGUGGAAGGUGUUCAGUUUCACCCAGAGAGUAUUUUGUCGGAACAUGGGCGGACUAUGUUUAGGAACUUUCUGAAUCUUCGUGGCGGUACCUGGAAAGAAAACGGCGGCCUUGUUUCUCAGCCAGGUGAGGCAGCAGCAGCCCUGAGCAACGGAGUAAAACCUACAAAGAAGGAGUCGAUUUUGGAUAAGAUUUACGCAUAUCGCGAAAUUUCAGUUAGUAAGCAAAUGGCGAUUCCUUCCCAAAGACCAGAAGACUUGCAAGCCGCAUACGACCUUGGGAUAUCUCCGACCCAAAUAUCAUUUCCAGACCGGCUGAGACAGACAUCGUUUUCGUUGUCACUGAUGGCAGAGAUAAAGAGGGCAUCCCCAUCAAAGGGUCUCAUUUCGUCAUCUACUUGUGCUCCAAUUCAAGCUCGGAAAUAUGCCAUGUCUGGAGCAAGUGUUAUAUCGGUUCUUACUGAACCGGAAUGGUUUAAAGGAGGCAUUGAGGAUCUACGGGCCGUUCGCCAGAGCCUUGAGGGCCUCCCAAACAGACCGGCUGUACUACGAAAGGAAUUUAUUUUCAAUGAGUACCAAAUUUUGGAGGCUCGAUUGGCUGGUGCAGAUACUAUCUUACUUAUUGUCAAGAUGCUCGACACCGAGCUACUCCGGCGGCUUUACCAAUAUUCUCAACAACUGGGCAUGGAACCUCUCGUCGAGGUAAAUACGGCCGAAGAAAUGAAGAUCGCAGUUAGCCUCGGCUCUCAGGUUAUCGGUGUCAAUAACCGUGAUCUGAAAAGCUUUGAAGUCGACUUGGGUACCACGAGUCGGUUAAUGGAUCUAGUGCCGGAUUCAACAAUUGUAUGUGCCUUAAGCGGAAUAUCCGGCCCAGACGAUGUCAAAGCUUAUAGCACAGAGGGCGUAAAGGCAAUCCUCGUCGGGGAGGCAUUGAUGCGUGCCGAGGACACAAACCUCUUUGUCUCCCAGCUGCUAGGUGGCGGGAACCCUCUUCCUACGUCGAUUCCUAAACGGCCCCUACUUGUGAAAAUAUGCGGAACCCGCACACCUGAGGCCGCGCGCACAGCGAUUGCAUCCGGCGCUGAUCUAAUUGGCAUAAUAAUGGCGAAGGGGCGCACUAGAACGGUCUCGGAUGAUACUGCUCUGGAGAUAUCUAAAGUGGUUAAAUCAACGCCUCGUCCAGCAUCCACGGUAAGUGGAAUACAGGAAUGCAUCAACGAUACUUCCUCUGUCGACUAUUUUGACUAUUCGUCCCAAAUACUCUGCCAUCCUCGCCGUGCAUUGCUGGUGGGCGUGUUUUUGAAUCAACCGCUAUCGUAUAUUAUUUCCCAACAACAAAAGCUUGAGCUUGACGUCGUUCAACUCCACGGGUCGGAGCCGAUAGAGUGGGCGAGCCUAAUACCUGUUCCAGUAAUAAAGAAAUUUUCUCCCAACGAGCCAGGGUUAUCACGACAUGCCUACCAUACACUUCCCCUCUUAGAUUCUGGUGCUGGCGGCUCGGGUGAGAAACUCGACAUUUCGUGUGUACAGGACUCCAUUAAGAAAAGUGACAGCCUUCGGGUGAUACUUGCUGGUGGAUUGGACCCCUUGAAUGUUGCCGACACGCUUCAGCAGCUAGGUCGAUAUGGAGACCGCGUGGUGGGCGUUGAUGUUAGCAGCGGAGUUGAGUCAGACGGAUCACAGGACCUGGAAAAGAUAAGGGCUUUUGUGAAAGCUGCUAAAGCUUUCAGGACUUGA